UGAAGUCUCAGAAUUGGAAAUAUUUUGGAAACAUUUACUUAUUGCAGUUCACUAAAAGAAAAAAGUGAUGCAGUUGACAGAAUACAAAGCAAACACAAAGUGGAAAAAUCUGAAGUUUAGAAACCAUGAUGGAAAGUGAAAUUUUAUUCCAUGAAACAACUUUAUUUUUGACAAAAUCAGAGGAGGACAUUGUGGAAUAUUCUGUAGAGCGGGGAAGUUCUGACAAAAUGCACGUCAUCACAUUACAGGUGGUGAAUAUGGAUGAUCACGUCCAACCUUGCCUGAAUGAGGUUAAUUUAAUGACAGUGCAUCAAGAAGGGAUUGAAAUAAUUCCAACUGGUGUGAACCAAGCGUUGGAAAAUGAGGGAGAGAUAAUGCAUACUCUUCCGCUCCCUGAGGGAGUACAAGUGUUUAAGGUUGGUCCAAAUGGAGAAAUGCAGAACGUUGAGCAUACAGAUCUGGGUACUGCUACUACUGAACCAGAUUACAUGGGCACACUGGUGUAUCAGGAUCAUAAUCCUGCUAACAAGGAAAAAAGUACAUUGCCACUUAACAUGCAAGUUGGAAAUACUACAGAUGUGUCCAUUUGUGAACAUCGAGAGACACUUUUGGAAGGGUCACGACCAGAUGUAAUUGUAGAAAAUAUUGGUCUUGUCAAUAGCAACAGACCUAUCAAAAUUAAAACUAAAGGCGUUAAGAAGACUUUUCCGUGUAAUCUAUGUUCACGCACCUUCCCUCAACGAUCUAGCCUAGACCGUCAUAUGAGAAGCCAUACAAAUGAACGGCCACAUAAAUGUCAUCUAUGUGAUAAAGCUUUCCGAACCAUCACCCUCCUCCAAAACCAUAUCAAUACUCAUACAGGCACUCGACCACACAAGUGUCCAGAUUGUGCUAUGGCGUUUGUUACAAGCGGGGAAGUAGUGCGACAUAGACGUUACAAGCACACUCAUGAGAAGCCCUUCAAAUGCUCAAUCUGUGAUUAUGCCAGCGUGGAGGUAAGUAAGUUGAAGCGACACAUCCGCUCGCACACCGGCGAGCGUCCUUUCCCAUGCACAUUUUGCAGCUACGCUAGCAGAGAUACAUACAAGUUGAAGAGACACAUGAGAACUCACUCAGGUGAGAAACCUUACAAAUGCCAUAUUUGCCAGGCUAAUUUCACACAGAGUGGUACAAUGAAGAUGCACAUCCGGCAGAAGCACAUGGACAAUGUGCCCAAGUACCACUGUCCUCACUGUAAUGCUAUAAUUGCAAGAAAAAGUGACUUGGGCGUCCAUUUACGAAAGCAGCAUUCCUAUACAAGCUCUGGCAUGAAGUGCCGUUACUGUGAGACUACGUUCCAUGAGCGCUACACACUUAUUCAGCAUCAAAAGACCCACAGGAAUGAGAAACGCUUUAAGUGUGACGAGUGUGAUUAUGCAUGUAAACAGAAACGUCACAUGAUAAUGCAUAGGCGUAUCCACACUGGAGAGAAACCAUUUAACUGCACUCAGUGUGAUAAAAGUUUCAGACAGAAGCAGCUCCUGGAUCUGCAUUUCAAGAAACAUCAUGAUCCCAGUUUUGUUCCAGAGGCGCAUGUUUGCUCCUGGUGUUGCAAAAGCUUUACACGCAAGAACAUCAUGAAAAAACAUGCCGAGAAGUGCAGGAGUCAGAGGGUGCAAGAUAGAGAUGCAGCAGUGACAGCAAAGAAAAUCAAGAGUAGCAAGAUGAUGCUGGACUCCAGAAACCCCAAAAAAGCAAAAGAAGAUGAGCCUCCAGUUGAGCAAAAUACCUCGAAGAUCAUUGAAAGAACAAAUGAUGCUCACAUUGGAAAGUAUGUCCAGACAAACACAGUUGAAGAGGUGGAAAAUAUUAAAGGAAAGUCAGCUGACAUGAACCCUGGCCCACAGGAUCCUGCAGAGAGUGUUUCCAGCCACAUGGACAACAGCAGAAAGCUGGAUACACAGCAUACUCAAGCCAAGAAAGAGAUUACUCCUGAGAUGAUCCUAAAAGAAAUGGUCCUUUGAGGAAUCAUCUCCUCUCCUCUAACAUUUUGUCACUUUUUUUUUUUUACAAGGAGCUGAUUAAAAGAUAUAUAUAUAUAAUCAGAGUUGAAAAGAAGUUCCAGAGAAAUUAUUGCAGUUUUUAAGUCUAAAUCAGCACACCAAAAUAAGGGACAAGAUUGUUUAAAAGUGAAGGCACUUGUAUAUAGAAAAUUAAGUAAGAAUUUACAACUACCAAGCAACAGUUCUGAAAGCUAGUAUUGUGUUAUUUUUCAGCUCAGGCUUUUUUUUCAUUCAUAGUUGUUAGUUGGUAAAUGUAAAUAGCUGUGUUUUAAUGCUUUUUGUUUAUAUCUUUCUCCAAAGCAAGUUUUGAGAAUAUCUCUGGGGCUUCGUGGCACGCCUGGACAGUUCCGGCUGAUCUUUAGGUCAUUGUCUUAGGAUUCAUUGCCAUUGCCAGUUUGUUCAAUAAUGAAAGGAGAGUUGAUGUCUAACGCAUUUGUGCAAAACAUCGUCAUGCAUUUUGUAAACUGGUGCUGGUGACAAAUUUAGAUACCACCUGAAGAAAAUUAGCAAAGUUACCAAGUUUUGUUAAUUUCCAUGAUUGGAAUAAAAAUUGGAGGUAAUCAAUCAGUGUUUGGUGCCAUUAGAAAUUGCAAUAAAUCUACCGCACUUCUGAAAUGUGGUUCCAUUCACUUCAUUGGAAACAAAUCCUGAAAUAUAUAGCACAUUGAUGAUUUUCAAAAACUUGUAUUCCAGAAGGGUCAUGAACAUCGGAGCUGAGUCAGUCAGCAGUGGUUGCAUCAGAGUUCAUCCCAACUUUCCUAUUAGGAAUAGGAAAAUGUCCAGGUUCUAUAGAACGAUCAUUUUUCGAUGUUACAGGGAAUGGCAAAUCAUCCAGGUUUCAAGAAAAUGUAAAUCAUCCAGGUUCCAGUAGCUUAAAUGCCAUUCAAUGAUUUUUCUAUUGAUCAGCAGUUUGCCUAUCAGUGAAAAGUUAAGAAUCGGCUAAAGAAAUAUAAGAGCAUUUUCCAAAAAUAUUUGAAUUACUAUUCUGCACCAGUAUAGUUAAAAGAGCUUGCAAAUCAAAUGAUGGUCCAAGGCAUUUAGAUGACAUGUUCUGAGUGAACAUGGUGGGCUGAGCGAAGACUAAUAUUGGCUAAAAUUUUAAUGACAUAUUUUGCUGGCAAAGGGUGAAAUUUACAGUGUAAUGUGGCCCAAGCAAGUUGAUCAGAUGUUGAUCUACCAUUAACCCUCCACCAUUCAUCUUUUUAUUUCUCAAUUCUUCUUUCCCAUAACUGCCCAUCAAGGCACAGACCUUUCUUUUUCUUAAAUUCUUCUGUGUUAUUUUGACCAUGAAUUAUUUAAAUAAAGUUGUUUUUAAUGAUAUUAACAAAUAUUUUAAUCUUACUGUUGGAAAGAGUUAUUAACUUUUGAGAUGAUUUGUAAAGAUGUCCCUUGUAUUAUGGCCGUUCAGGUAAUGGAAAUUCGCCUCUAACAAAUUCACAAAUCACUCUCCAAAAAACUGAGAUAAGGAAUAAAAUUAUUUCUCAUGGAAUUUAUGUGAAAAAAGUAAAUAAAUAAACACAAUGUUGUUUUCUACUGUGUUUCUUGAUCUGGUUCUUGCCCAGAUUUUUAAAGUGGCUUUAAAGCAUAAAUACAGGAGAUAAUUGUAAAAGGAAAAAUAUCAUUAUCACAUCAAGUUAAAGCAGACUUCUUCCUGGCUUCUAGUAUUGUCACUUUUUUUUAUUCAGUUAAGACUGGGAAUCUAUGCCCACCCCACCAUCUACAGAUUGACCAGUUCAUCCAUCUCAUAUGUUUCUGAAAUCUACCUAUGCAAAGUGUGUACUAUAUAAUAACUAACUGUGUAUUGUUACUUUCUUUUUGAAGCACUUUGGAUGUUUUUUGGCAAAUAUGAAGCAGUGUGACAAGUUUAUUUUCAUUGUAUUGUGCUAUGCAACAUUUUUAAUCAUCCUUUGUCAACUGCACUGUAAAAAAAUGAAAUGGACCCAAACUUCUCCAUUUAUCUGAGUUUGCUUGCAUUUUCUGUAGUUACCAUCACAAAAUUAAUUUCUGGUACGACGAAUGUAUGUAGGGUGUUUGUGCAAAAUAUCCUCUGGUGAACUGGGAUCUUGUUUCUCCGGAUCCAAAUUUCCUCUCCGUCACGUUCAUUGGCCAAGGGUAUGAAAUUAAAUUCCGAAUCGUAUCACCCAUUUUGUGUAGCCAUCGAGUAACAAUGUUUGUGAAAUGAAAUGACUAAUAGGAAAAACAGAGUGAUUAUAAUCUUUGCCUUUCAUGUCUUUUUUGUAAUUGUUAUACAUGUCAUAAUCUAGCAUAUAGUGGGUGUUUAAAAAAAUGGAAUUGUUGAAGUUGAUGCUUUCCUUCUGUUAAGUUAUUUCAGCUGUUUAAUAAAACUUUCAAA